CCGGAAACAAAAGAAAACAGUCAGCUGACUUGACUGUGUUUCUGAGUAGUUUGUGGCACUUUAAAGCCAUUUGUUUAGGGGUUUUGGAGUAUAACAGUUAUUUUUGUAGUAUUGUCAGACGUCAGUGGUUGGACAUCAUGUUACGGCCGAAGGCUUUGACGCAGGUCCUCAGUCAAGCGAACACAAACGGAGUCCAAAGCACUCUCCUGUUGAACAAUGAAGGCUCACUCCUGGCUUACUCCGGCUACGGCGACACAGACGCUCGCGUGACAGCUGCGAUCGCGAGCAACAUCUGGGCGGCUUACGACAAGAAUGGACACCAAGCCUUCAACGAAGACAAACUCAAAUUCAUUCUCAUGGACUGUAUGGAGGGAAGAGUGGCCAUCACUCGUGUCGCCAACCUACUGCUGUGUAUGUACGCCAAAGAGACGGUGGGCUUUGGGAUGCUUAAGGCCAAGGCAGAAGCUCUGGUGCAGUACCUGGAGGAACCUUUAACCCAAGUGGCUGCAUCCUAGUGGAGACUGAAGCUCUGUGUCUGUCUGCCUGAAACAAAAAACAUGUGACCCAGGUCAUUCAUGGACUACUGCAACAUUCUGCUUGUUCACUAAGUGCACAUUGCUAAUGUAUCUAUGAGUGAGUGUGUGUGUGAAUGAUUGAAACUGAUAACUUGUACAUGUGUUUUUUUUUGUUUGUAACUCUUCACCCUAAUUCUUCAGUCGGACGAUCUGCAGAUUCCAGUUUCAGCCGAUUUCAUAGUCAGUUCACUCUUCUGCAGUUUUUAUUCGUUUUUUUUUUUUUUUUUCCUGAGAUCUGCUGAUGAGUCACAGAGAAAACGGAAGUUUUUCAAUUCCAUCGUGGUAAAAUGCAUAUUAUAACAAAGGAUAUGUGGCAACUUUCUUGUUUGAUUUAGCUGUGCUUUAUUACAAAGGUGGUAAAUAAAGAAAGAAGAAAUGGA